AUGGGCACGCCUGAAUACGAUGCAUCAAAAGUAGUUGUAGUAUUUGUACUGGGAGGCCCUGGUGCAGGUAAGGGUACGCACUGUGCACACCUUGUGCGCGACUAUGGCUUCGUGCAUCUUAGCGCAGGCGAUUUGCUCCGUGCAGAGCAAGCUCGCCCAGGCUCACAGUAUGGUCAGAUGAUUGCUGAGUACAUCAAAGAAGGAAAAAUCGUUCCGAUGGAAGUCACAAUUUCGCUUCUGCGAAAUGCCAUUCAGUUGGCCAUUGAAGAGCACGACCAGUCCACGUCCGAAGGAUGGGGCAACGGUAAGGGCCGAUUUUUAAUCGAUGGAUUUCCGCGGAAAUUGGACCAGUCGUACAAGUUCGAAGAGAGCGUGUGCCCUGCGCAGCUCGUGUUGUUCUUGGAAUGCUCGGAAGAAAUCAUGCUGAAGCGGCUGCUUCAGCGGGGCGAGACUAGUGGCAGAACUGACGACAAUAUUGACUCUAUCAAGAAACGCUUUCGUAUGUUGAAUGUAUAUGCAUACUGA